CACAGCGCGAAGGGGAAACUUCGACACUGGAAGGAACGAGAAUAAAUAUCUGAAUACCGACGCGCGGAUCCGCGGCUGGGACGGGCGCUUGAACUUCGGGAUCCCGCGGCGGUCCGGGCGGCAGGAGAUAGUCCGUUUUUAACUGGAGGAAGAAGCUGCUUCUACUUGGGAGUGGCAGGAGACGUGAGAAAACCACAUGGAAGACUCCCAGGAUUUAAAUGAACAAUCAGUAAAGAAAACCUGCACAGAGUCAGAUGCUUCGGAACCUCAGAAUUCCAGGUCUAUGGAAAUGCAGGACCUUGCAAGUCCUCAUCCUCUUGUUGGAGGUGGUGACACUCCUGGGAGCUCCAAGCUGGGGAAAGCCAGUCUCAGCAGCACAUCAGUCACCACGAAUGGGACAGGAGGGGACAACAUGACUGUUUUAAACACUGCAGACUGGUUGCUGAGUUGCAACGUCCCCUCUUCCGCAACAAUGUCUCUCCUUGCAGUCAAAACAGAGCCUUUGAACAGCAGUGAAACCACAACCACAACUGGAGAUGGAGCGCUUGACACCUUUACUGGGUCAGUGAAAUAUAUUUAUGAAGCAACCUUUGUGCCCUGGUUCUUGUGUCUUCCAGUAAUAACAAGUAGUGGCUACAGCCCCAGAUCAGCGCAUCAGUAUUCCCCCCAGCUCUAUGCGUCCAAGCCCUAUCCACACAUUCUUUCUACACCAGCAGCUCAAACAAUGUCUGCCUAUGCAGGCCAGACUCAGUAUUCGGGGAUGCAGCAGCCGGCCGUCUACACAGCCUACUCACAGACAGGACAGCCCUACAGCCUGCCCACUUACGCAGACUUGGGCGUGAUGUUGCCAGGCAUCAAGACAGAGAGUGGACUUCCGCAGACGCAGUCCCCGUUACAGAGCGGGUGCCUCAGUUACAGUCCAGGCUUUUCUACCCCGCAGCCCGGCCAGACCGCUUACUCCUACCAGAUGCCAGGUUCUAGUUUUGCACCGUCCUCUACUAUUUAUGCAAAUAAUUCAGUUUCCAAUUCAACAAAUUUCAGCGGCUCACAACAGGAGUAUCCAUCCUACACAGCCUUUGGCCAAAACCAGUAUGCACAGUAUUACUCAGCAUCAACGUAUGGAGCAUAUAUGACGUCAAAUAACACAGCCGACGGCACAUCAUCCUCAACGUCGACCUAUCAGUUGCAGGAAUCUCUCCCAGGACUGACUAGCCAACCAGGUACAGAUCUUCAUCCAGGAGGGUUUGAUACCCUGCAGAGCCCCUCCACACCCAUCAAAGAUCUCGACGAGAGAACCUGUAGGAGUUCUGGGUCAAAGUCCCGAGGAAGAGGCCGGAAAAACAACCCCUCCCCGCCCCCCGACAGUGACCUGGAGCGCGUGUUUGUCUGGGACUUAGAUGAAACCAUCAUUGUUUUUCACUCACUGCUCACAGGGUCCUAUGCCCAGAAAUAUGGCAAGGAUCCCCCCAUGGCUGUAACCCUUGGGCUCCGAAUGGAGGAAAUGAUUUUUAAUCUUGCUGAUACACAUUUAUUUUUUAAUGAUUUAGAGGAGUGUGAUCAAGUUCAUAUAGAUGAUGUUUCCUCUGAUGAUAAUGGGCAGGAUUUAAGUACCUACAGUUUUGCAACUGAUGGCUUCCAUGCAGCUGCAAGUAGUGCAAACCUUUGCUUGCCAACAGGUGUGAGAGGAGGGGUGGACUGGAUGAGGAAGUUGGCUUUCCGUUACAGAAGAGUAAAAGAAUUAUACAACACCUACAAGAACAAUGUCGGAGGACUCCUUGGCCCUGCCAAGAGAGACGCGUGGCUGCAGCUGAGGGCAGAGAUCGAAGGUCUCACAGACUCCUGGCUGACAAACGCCCUUAAGUCUUUAUCAAUUAUUAGUACUAGGAGUAACUGUGUAAAUGUCUUGGUAACGACAACGCAGCUGAUCCCAGCACUGGCGAAGGUUCUGCUCUAUAGUUUAGGAUCUGCUUUCCCCAUCGAGAAUAUUUACAGUGCAACUAAAAUAGGCAAGGAAAGCUGUUUUGAGCGUAUAGUGUCCAGAUUUGGCACUAACAUAACUUAUGUUGUGAUUGGAGAUGGCCGGGAUGAGGAGCAUGCUGCUAACCAGCUUGUCAUGGAGACUUGGAGGCAACGUCCUUCACCUCUAGAAGAGUGCUGUCUGCUUUGGUGAGGCAUUGGUACUUGACCGAAGCCAAGCAGCUGGCUUUGAAUAUAUUCAGAAGAUCUCACAGGCCCGAGGUAUUUAAAUAAGCCAUUUCAUCUGGCCCGUAUUUCUGAAGAAGAAAUCAAGGCAGUUAAAAACCAUUAAAUGUUGGUCCAAGAUCAAAAGAGGAGUGAUAUCAUGAUUGGCACCAGACGCCAGACUGUCAGUCAACCCAGCACUGCGAUCUCCAGCUUCCUCCGCUGAAUCAUGGCCAGGACAAAAGUGAUAUAAUUCAUAAAACAAAGCAAAAUGAUGCAUUAGUAUUUUUAAAAGAUGACAUAUCAGCUUAUAUUGUCUGACAUAGAAAAGAUGUUGUCUCAUUAUCUUAUCCUGAAAAGAUUUGCAGUCAUCUAAUAAAGCCUUCACUAAGCACCCGCGCGUGCUAGACUUGCAUGUGUUUACCUGAUUUCUGUCUUCUAAAGAAGCUCAACAUAAACAGUUUCUUAGAAAAGGUUAUAACUAUAAUAGAAAGAUAAAGGAAGUGAUUUAUGUUUGUAGUCAAUUUAAAUUAUGCCAAAUGGAGAAAGAGCAAGAGCUUCCACCUUAGAAGGUUUGCUGAAGUGUUGGAAGCUGUACUUGAAAAUUUCCAUUCUUUUCCGUAACAUUAAGAGAGUUGGUGCAGGCUCUGCCCCCCGCAGACCACCUUGGUCUUAAUUAGCAAUGUCAGUGACCCAGGACGAACCCUGGCCGGGGGGAUGUUCUCUAUGAGGUCAGGGAUGGAAGCUCAAGAAAUACCACUUUCAUUGCUGACUGCUACUUGAAAUCCUUCCAGUUGCACACAAUGGAAAUAUCUUCUGGAGUUUGUCAGUGUCCUGAGUCCGUGUUGUCUCAGUUUUUCAUAUUGGCACCAUAAUUAGACACAACAAAUGGCAGUCAAUGCAGCCACUGCCCCAAACAUUUUGUGUCUCUUUUAGCCUAUGUGAAAUUCACAUAUAUCUAGGUCAGAACUAAUAAAAUCCACUUUUCCAAACCAGAAGCAGUGUAUGCCUUUGAAAAUGAAACCUUACCGAGUCUUCCCCAGUUAGCCAUAGUGUGAAAACUAGACUCAGUGUAUCAGUUGUUACACUUUCUGCUUUACACCUAAAGCUUCCGGAGGAAAAAGCACAACUCCAAGUGGGUGGGAACCUCCUUAGAAUGCUGUUUCCAAAUGGUUGUUGGUGUAGAUGCAGUUCCGGUGGUGGUGAGGCUUGGAAUUCUGUUUUGGAACACAGGUGGUUGGUGUCUCUAGCAUCCAGAAUGCAUGCUUUUCUUUGGACGUAGCUGUAAUCGCAUGUGCAGAAAUAUAAAGUACUGUUUUGUUAACAGAAAUAGAUCUGAGCUGAAUGAGAAUAUGUCACACCUAGCUGAAUUUCUGUGCUUUAAUUUGACCUAAAAACAUAAUUCAUUCUGUAAACUUAACAAGAAAUUUCAAAGUUUAGGAAUAAUGUAUAAAUGCACUCCCCAGUAGAAAUGCAUAAUGCCAGCCAUAUUUGUAAUUUUAAAUUUUCUGGAAACCAUGUUAAAAAAACUAAAAGAGAAUUAAUUUUAGUAAUAUACUUUAACCCAAUAUACUCAAAAUGUUAGUCUCAACAUCUGAUAGAUAUAAAAAUUAUUAAUGCAUUGUUUAUAUUCUUUUUUCUUUUUACGUUUUAAGUCUGAAUUUCAGUAUGUGUUUUGAAGUGGACUUGCCGCAUUUCAAGUGCUCAACAGCCAUGUGGGGUUGGUGGCUACCAUAUUGGACAGCAAAGAAUUCCAUAACAAUAGUGAUUAUUUUAAUGAUCAAUUUUUAUAAUAAAAUGUCUUUUCUAUGUUAUAUAUAUAUAUAUUUAUAUAUAUAUAUAUAUAUAUGUUUCCAUUAUGCUUUGAUUUGUUAAUUGCUAUAGUAUAUUAUUUCUUUUUUUCAUUAUUGUCCACAAUGGAGUAUUUUUAGACAUUUUUUCCCUAAUCACACCCUUCCAUGAAAUUUUAAUACCAUACAUAGACCAUAUACUGGUAUAUCUUUGGAGAACCACAAACCAUUAUAAUAUGUAAGAAUUUUUUCCCCACAAGAACCCAUUUUUGUCCUCUUGGGGGUGAUACCUCCCCCAUUGAGAAUGGUUGCUGGGUGCUUUCACUCAAUCCCACGUCAGUGAAAUAAAUCAGGCUGACUCUACUGGCUCAUUAUUUACUCCAGACAAGUAAGAAAGUUGAUCAUCUCCGCAUUUUUUCUACCUUAUAUAGUCCAGCUUCAAAUUAUUUUUUACAAUGAAAGGAAUUCACCCUAUUUCUGUCAAAUAGACAAAAAGUCUUGGACUUAGGAAGUUUAUUUUUUUUUUAUUUUAUUUUUAACUGAGAGACCUUCAGGGAUGACGUAGUGAUUAACGCUUGCUUUCCAUCAGCCACGUAGGGAUUUUGGUGCUCACCUUGCUUUCCCAGAUGCUGAUGUUCGUAAUGAUGCUUUCCAGGAUAAAUAUUAAACUCAGUAAGAAAUCUCAAUAUUUGCUUUUAUUAUCAUUAAAAUCCAGUUCAGAUCUAUUUCUCUAUUAUUUUGACAAUACCACAUUGAUGCUACCAAGCCUUCAAUUAUGAUCAUUCCUGCCUUCAACUUGGGGGAGCCACACAUCCUUGUGGUCCCACGACUUCACCAAGACAACUGUUGUGAUCUCUCUCCAUUCCUCCCCUCUCUCUCCCAUCCCUCCCUCUCUCAA